AUGGGUGUUUUGGGCCAUAUCCUCAGGCAGGAGUGUCUGAUCCGAGAUCUACCGUGUGAUUUAAGAGCCGAGCUGGACUCCAAACAACAUCAUCUAUGGUGCAACAUGGGGCCCAUCAUGCAGGAACGCACUGCAUCCACGACACUGAAACGCGUCGUUUCCAAAGAAAAGAUACGGGUCAAGAAUACUGAAAAUAACGGACCAGUGACAAGUUCUAAGAAAGCUAAUAAGAUGAAGAAAGCCGUGGGUCAAAUGAAGAAUGGCCUUCCAGGGCAGGAUAAGGACACAGCCACAGCAUUUCACAGGGGUUCACAAUCCAAAGGUGGCAGGCUUAAGCCCAGCACGUCUCGGAACACAAACAAAGUCUCCAGUCCCGAUGAAGAGGGGGAUUUGAGACCUCAACUCCACAAGCACCCAUCUGCAAACAGGAAAGAGGAAAAACGAGAAAGCCAGCGGGCGCCACCGUGCAUCAGCGAGCUCCCCCCAAAUCGCCAGGCUAUGGGCAAAAACCGCCGAGCCCUUUCCCUGCCUCUGUCUCCAAUAUCGGGGCUACGACAGUCCCCAGCUCAGCCCUUAAUGCACUCCCCAGCCCCCACCCCGGAGGCCCUCCAGCAGCAUUACAAUCACAAGGAUGACGACACCGACAGCGCCAGUGACCUGUCCGACUCCGAGCGGCUGCCCGUCCUGCCUUCCCCCUGCACCCCCUGCACGCCUCCUCACCUCAACCUUCGGGCGGAGAUUAUCAACACUAGUGAUUUCCCACCCGACUUCCCGGGACCCCACGAUCUAGCAGAUGAGGAUGAGGGUGAAAAACCAAUCUACAGUUACCCAGACUUUCUGCCUCCUCCUUUCAACAGCUGGAGUUUGAGGCAGCUGGCGGUGUUUCUUCACACCGAGGGGCGCGGUGCCCCCCGGCCCAAGCCUGUGGGGCCCUUAGAGAAGUACCUAGAGAGGCUGCUGCAGCUGGAGUGGCUCCAGAUCCAAACGGUCCAAGCGGAGAGCAGCCGUCCGCCCGGGAGCCGUGCGAGGCCACAGGCGUUCCCCGCUGCUGCCGCCGCCGCCGCCGCCCCCCCGCCGAGGCCUCACACCGCCCCGCCGUCCCGACUCAACUCGCCCAAAGGCCCGUGGCACAGCCAGAGGGCCUUUCCCUGCACGCCCGUCAACAACCCCCCGUCCCCCGCCGCCGCCCAGCACCAGCCGUCCCGCUUCCCCGUCUGCCCGCACUGUCACAUCCGCUACCCGCUGUGUAACGGGAGCUGCUCGGCCUACGCCUACCAGCGCCACUCGCGGCUCAGCCCGCUGCUGGAGCGCAGGGCGCGGCCCGGCGCCGCGGCCAAGAGGAGCAGCAGCGAGAGCCGAGCCGAGGGCAGGAGCCCGGGGGGGCAAGGUGGAGGCGGAGCCCAGACCCCGGUCAGCCCCUCGGCCGGGAGGAGUCACGUGAGGCACAUGCAGGCCGCAGGCAACGCUCGCAAGCAACCCCAAGAAUCGGGCACCAACCAAAACGGCAGAGGUCAGAUGAGGAAAAGCCGGGUCAGAGCUAAUUCUGAGACGGAUGUCAAAAAGGAGCUGAGUGGAAAUAAAGCGCCAGCUGCGGAGAAACGCAGUUUCGCUACGAGUAAGAGAGAUGUAAUUACCUCUAAGCGAGAGGAAAAGGACUGGCAGAGGUCAGAAGCAGGGAGCCAGGCUUCUAAAACGACCAUGAAAAGAGCUGCUAAAGACCCAGCAUCUCUUUCCAAAGCACCACUUAAUAGUAAGCAGAAUGGCAAAACAAAGAACGUGCAUUUUGUCGUA